AUGACACUGAGCUUCGUGGGCCAGAUGCUGGAUGAGCUGUCCAUCCUUUGGGUUUCAUCGCAGUGGGGUACCCUCUGGUUCCCUCGCAAGCACUUCCCAGCCUUUAUCAAAGAACUGGGGGCCUCUCCUCUCCUUCUCCGCUCCACUCUCCGACAAAAGACCUCUCUCCCCCCUCUCGCUCUCCUCUCCCUCUCAUAUUCUCUCAUCUCCGCGACUCUCACUCUCUCCUCUCCUCAGUCUCUCUACCUCAACGAUCCUCUCCCUCGCUGGCUUCCACGCUCCUCUCCUUCACUCCAUCCUCUCCACUCGUCCCGUCGCCUCUCCUCAUCCUCCAGAGUCCCACCACUACCCUCACAACCAUCUCGUCCCUCACUCCUCUCCACUCUCAUCGUCUCUGACACUCUCAGUAUCCUCUCUCUUCAUCUCGCUCCCUCUGACCGACUCUCUCAAAUUUCUCCCAUCUUCAUUUCUAGACUCUCCUCUCCCAGAACCCCUCUCACUCAUCUCCGCCCUCCGCUCCUCUCCUCCAACUCUCUCUCUCCACUCUCUCAAUUCAUAAUCACUUCAUCGUCUCGUCCAGCCCACAAACCGUCUCACGUCCAGCAUCUCUCGUGGUCCGUCCCAACUGACAUCCACUUCUCCCCAACAAUCAACCCCCUUUCCCUCAAGACUCAUGCUCUCUCUUCUUACCUCUUCUCUACCUCCUCCCAUCCUCAUCUCUCGUCUCCCUCGUCUCUCAUCACACCCCUCUCCCCUCUCCCUCCUCGUCCUCUCCGCACACAAUCGGAUCACACUAAUCACACCCUCUCGAUCCAGAUCACUAAGGCUCUCUCUCUCCCACACCUCACAACCUCCACGUCUCGCACCAAUUCACCUACUCAGUCCUCCUCUCAUCAACCCCUCCUCGUCGACUCUCUCCCUCGCUCAAUCAUCCCUCCCUUCAUCUCUCCUCAUCUCCCUCAACCUCCAUCUCUCUCAUCUCUCCUUCAAUCCUCUCCCCUCCUCGCUCUCCGUCUCUCUCUUCUCAUCUCCCGCCCCAACUCUCGAGUCUCACCACUCUCCUCCUCCCCUCACCCCUUCUCUCAUCUCUCACCUCCUUGCUCCUCUCUAGCUCUCCCCCUUCUCCUCUUUCUCUACUCUACGUUCUCCAAGCUGGUGCUGGUCCUGACCCUCAUCACCACAGCAGUGUCGUUUGUAAAGCCGACAGUGAAUGCAUAUGCCCUCAACUGCUUUGGCCUCCACUUCCUCUACCUGCUGGCCAUCGAGAUGAGAUGCUGCACAGACCUGCGGGCGCUCCACCUGGCCAAGUUGUCCGUUGGGCUGUGGGUACUGGCCAUCUCUUGCUGGAUCACUGACCGCUUUGGAUGCAGCUUCUGGCAACAGCUCAACUUCUGCUACCUUCAUAGUCUGUGGCACAUCUUGAUUGUGAUCGCGGUAGCCUACGGCAGCACCCUGAUCGCGUAUCUGGACGCUAACUACGAGAUCCCGUACUCUCUUCCCGGUCUGCAGUUCUGGCCCUGUGAUCAGUGGCCCCUGGGCUUACCGCAUAUCGUCCUCAAAGGCACAAGCAGGACGCGCAAGACAUGCUGA